GGCGGGGUGGGCCUGUAGCUCAGAGGAUUAGAGCACGUGGCUACGAACCACGGGGUCGUGGGUUCGAAUCCCUCCUCGCCCACAACUGGUCCAAAAGUUAAAUACUUUUUCCUCUGUGGGUAGGACAAUAAUGAUUGGGAUAAUGAACCCAAUUUGAUGCGGGUGGGUAAGGUUACUCUUUAUGCUAAACGCGAGCCAUCUUAUCCUGAUUCGAACUUCUGUUAUUUAGAAUCACUCCCCAAGUAGGAUUCGAACCUACGACCAGUCGGUUAACAGCCGACCGCUCUACCACUGAGCUAUUGAGGAAGAAAAGGAGAUUCAAAUGAAUCGAGUUAAAUUCCUGUUCUCAAUGCAAGACCACUAUAGACGGGGUUAAUUCCCGUCGUUCACCCAUAACCCGAAUUGCUGUUUCGUUUCGAUAAAUUCUAUAAAUAAGAAAAGUCCAAUAAACUUCAUUUCAUAUAAAACCUAUUUUGAAUUCCAUAUAGUAGAAUAGUAAAAAAAUCAUAGUAUAAGAUGUGAAGACAAAUCUACUAGUUUAUUGUUUGAUAAUAUCAAAAAAAUUUUAUUUUAAUUAAGGAGCUUUUUAUGUUUAUAGGUUCUGAUUUAUUCUUGAAGGUACUCAAUUCAGUCGUUGUAGUCGGACUUUAUUAUGGAUUUCUUACCACAUUUUCAAUAAGGUCCUCUUAUUUAUUCUUUGUGCGAACUCUGGUUCUGGAAAAAGAAACAAAUACAAAUAAUAAGGUAGCAGCAACCACUGGUUUUAUUAUGGGACAGCUCAUGAGAUUCGUAUCCAUCUAUUAUGCGCCCUUUUAUCUAGCUUUGGGUAGACCUCAUACAAUAACUGUCCUUGCUUUACCUUAUCUUUUGAUUCAGCUUUUCUUGAACACUGAAAAAAAAAUUUUUGCUUAUGGAUCUAAUAACCAAAAUUCGAUCCGUGAGCUAGAGAAUAUCUUUGUAUUCCUCAAUCAUCUUAUUUUUCAGUUGCUUAACACUUGCAUUUUACCAAGUUCAACGUUAGCCCGAUUAGUAAGCAUUUAUCUGUUUCGCUGUAAUAAUAAGAUGUUGUUUGUAACAAGCAGUUUGUUUGCUUGGGGAAUGGGACAAAUUUUAGUCAUAAAUUGCUUGGAAUUUUUAGCAGUCUGGAUACAGAAAAAUAAUGUUAUUAGGUCGAUCAUUCGAAAGUACCUAGUGAGAAAUUCUAUAUUUUUUAUUUUAGUAAAUUAUAGUUUUGGAACUCUAGUAUGUAUUCUAAGUAUUCAGUCUUUAGGCAGAACACCCUUACCUAUUCCUACUCAGAAAUUUAGUGAGGUCUCAAAAAUAGAACAAAGGGAAAAGGAAAGGUUGCAAAGGGAGGAAGAAAAAGACGUAGAAAAAAAAAAGAAAUCCGCUGAAAAAGAUCCUUCCCUUUUUUCCGAAGAAAAAGGUAUUUUGGAAAAAGAAUUGGACUUGAAGGUAAAUGAACCAGACUUGGAAGGGUCUGAUUCCGAAUUGGAAAUCCUUGAAAAAAAUGAAAAUAAAGAACAUAUUGUGGCUCUUCUUUUUGAUUAUAAAAGAUGGACUCGCCCAUUUCGUUACAUAAAAAUAAUAGACUUGAACAAGCUGUAAGAAACGAAAUGGCACAAUAUUUCUUUGACAUACAUAAAAGUGAUGGAAAAGAUAGAAUAUCUUUUACCCAUCCGAUAAGUUUAUCAACGUUUUUUCAAAUAAUCAAAACAAAGAUACCCCUUUUGUCACUAGAAAAAGAUAUUUCUAAUACAUUGGACAAUUUUUGGGUUUCUAGAAACAAACAAAAAUUAAAUUCUAUAAAAAUUGAUUUGCUAAAUCGAAUUAAAAAUCUUGACAAACCAGUAGCAGUUCCAAUAAUCGAAAUUGAAACAAACAAAACGCGAUUAUGUAUACACAAUGAUGAGACUAGAAAAGAAUACUUACCAGAAAAGUAUGAUCCCUUGUUAAAUGGGCCUUCCCGCGGAAGAAUAAAAAAAGAUAUCACGUCGAUAAACGAUACUUCGAUCAAAAAGUUGAGAGAGAAGGUUAUGCUAAAUAGACUUCAUGCUUUAUUGUUGAUGUCUACUUUUGAAAAAAAGGAAAAAAAACCAUUACAAGUUGGUGAGUUCUCAACUUUAUCAUCAAGUUUCAAUUUAACGGAUUCAGAA